AUGAGGUCCACACUCCUUUUCACCAUCCUGGCAGUCGCCCUUCCUUCUAUCCUCUCCGUAUCGGCUCUCCCACCCAACGCAGAGCGUCUGCGUCGUGGACUAACUCCCUUAAAGCCGAAGAAGAGAUUCUCGCCCACCGCAGGAGCCAAGCGGUCCGCAGCGUCUAGCACCCCUACUACCUGCGCAAACGUCUGCUGUCAGACACUUUCCACCGCUGCGAGUUCAAGUUCUAGCUUGCUGCUCUCGCUGCUGGGCAUCGUGGUACACGAUCUCAGCACACCCGUCGGGCUGACUUGCCAGUCGAUGCAGGCUGGUGCUUCAUGUGCGCAUGUGUCCCUGUGCUGCCAGGACAAUACCUACGGUGGCAUCAUCGCCAUCGGUUGUACUGCGGUGUAA